ACAAGGGAAGUAGUCAUUUCUCAAUCACAACUCUUGCAGACAGAUCUUAAACACAAACACAGGGAAACUUAAUCUGAGGAAAACAGAAACGAAAGAUGUCGAUGGACAAACAUCUCUUUAAUCUCAAAUUUGCUGCAAAGGACUUGGAACGCAAUGCAAAACGAAGUGAAAAGUCAGAAAAAGAAGAAAAAACCAAAUUAAAAAAGGCUAUCCAGAAAGGUAACCUGGAGGGAGCCAGAAUACAUGCAGAGAAUUCAAUCCGCCAGAAAAACCAGGCCCUUAAUUACAGACGUAUGAGUGCAAGGAUCGAUGCUGUAGCAGCUCGAGUUCAAACUGCUGUCACCAUGAAACAGGUCACAGGUUCCAUGGCAGGUGUGGUCAAGUCAAUGGAAUCAGCAAUGAAGAGUAUGAAUCUGGAGAAGAUCUCCCAGUUGAUGGAUAGAUUUGAACAGCAGUUUGAGAAUCUAGAUGUGCAGUCACAGGUAAUGGAGGAUACAAUGAAUGCUUCGUCCACCCUCAACACACCACAGACACAGGUGGAAGGCCUUAUGCAGGAAGUUGCUGAUGAGGCUGGAUUGGAAUUAAACAUGGAUCUACCAUCAGCACAGUCCACUUUACCAUCAGGGGUCGCAUCAUCAACUGCUAGUAGUGAACAGGAUGAGUUAACGCAGAGACUUGCAAAGUUACGGAAUUGAUCAAUCAUCUAGCUCAUUGUGAUGCAGAAACUUCACUUCUUUAACGUAUGCCUUGGAAUAGAAAAAAGUUUAAACUGUAAGAGAAUAACUUCACCUUGAUCAGAUGAGAAAGAUGAUUGCUACCCUACUGUUGCUGUGAAACAUUAAAACAUUUUGUACCAUGUAGAAAAGGCAGGACAUAAUUGUCUAAACUCUAGUACAGAUGUAUAAACAGAAGGGAUUGUGAUGCUCAGAGUUGAGAGGAAGUAGUUGAGACAACUCUGAUAGGAACUUUUACUAUAAACUAGCACUCAGCUUUUAAUUAAACCUUUCGCUUUGUGUUAAUCAUGUUAUAAGGAUAUUGUACUGGACAGGUAUAAACAUUUGUGAUAGCUAUUAAGACAUGUAACCAUAACAUAAGUCAUGUAAACAUAGUUCAUGAUUGUUAGUAAAUAAGGAAAGAGUGGUGUUAUGCCACAGAUCUGUGGUGACUUCAGUUAGAGUUAGGUGUUGUGUGAAGGAUAAACCCACCUUUGUUUAUGGCUAUAGAAAGAGAGACAUUUUACUUUUCCAUAUUUCAUUAAAAUCUGCAAUAGGAAUAAGACAAUUGUUAAAUAUCACCACUGUUGUUCAUUGAUGUUCUUCACACACUUAGAAUCUAACAAUGUACAAUGGUCAAAGGGAGGUAAUCAUGUGGUGACGUUACAAGGCCUCUGAUACUGAUAUUUCUGUUAUCUUUUAUCGAUAUUUAUAUACAUAUACACAUUGAUAUGAAUUAACAUAUUCUACUGUGACAUUAUUAGUCAUUGAGUGUAUUUUGCAGUCACAUUUCUAUCUUGGUAUAAAUUUUAAAUAAUUAUAGGAAUUUGAAUAAUCAAAUUUUAAUUACAAUUACAUUUAAGUGCAGUAGGUUCUAUCUAAUUAUAAUGUGACACAUAUUCUAUACACUGAAGAACAAAUAAAAUAUCCAUGUUAUCAAGGCUUUUGUUUGACUUUUAACAAUUUCAGAAGUUGAAUAACAUCUCGCCAUAAAGACACCUGCCAAAUAAAUUAAUCGUCUGUUGAAAGUCCUUACAUUUAUUUCAUGUAUGAAACUUAUAGAUUGAUUUGUGUAAAUAGUAUGUAUUGAUCAAAAAUAGAACCAAUGUACUAAAUGAUGAAUUGAUGAUCCUCAAUAAGAAAUGACAUAUUAUUAAGCCACUAAAGUUUCUAAUUUUAUUACAAGCUUCCUUUGAAUGUGACAUGAAAAAAGAGUCAGGAAUGUAAUGAUUAAUGAGGUGGUGAUUUGACAAUAGUAUGCUUUUUAGAUGUGUGAAAAGGAUGACACUAAAUGUCACGCAAUUCUCCUUAUUUUAUUACUUAGCUUGAAGAAAAUAUGGAAAUCAAAAGUACAAGAAUUCCCAAGUUGUUUUCAUAAAUACUGAUGAAGUUUGACAAAUUGAAGGGAGACAACUUUCAGGAUAUUGUAGUUUUGCAAGUAGGACUAGAAAAUAAUCAUUUCUUUCAACUUGUUUAAUGUUAUAAGUGUUUUAUGAUCAUACAUACAAUUGUGUAUGUAGGGAAUUAUGUAUUAUAAAUUAUUGAAUUGAAAUUGUUGAAUAAACCUUCAUACUAAGUUA